AGAGCUUCCGCCCGCCCCCCUCGGGAGCACUCGGUGACGCCAGCGCGUCCCCAAGCCUCGGUAGGGGCGGGGUCGGGAAGCCUCGGCCGACCCCCGGAGGAGCGGAGAGAAGAAGGGGUCCGCCCUCGGCCCGAGCUCGCGCGCUCCCCGCGCCCCCGCGCGAGCGCGAGCCGCCGGCGGAAGUGCUGCGACGCGCACUUCCGGGUGUUGUCUGGCCGUGGUCGCGCGUCCUCGGUCUCCCGGCCGCCGGCGCCUGCCUGGGUCGUGGAGCCAGGAGCGACGUCACCGCCAUGGCGGGCAUCAAAGCUCUGAUUAGUUUGUCCUUUGGAGGAGCAAUUGGGCUCAUGUUUUUGAUGCUUGGAUGUGCCCUUCCAAUAUACAACCAAUACCGGCCCCUCUUUGUUCUGUUUUUUUACAUCCUUUCACCUAUUCCAUACUGCAUAGCAAGAAGAUUAGUGGAUGAUACAGAUGCUAUGAGUAAUGCUUGUAAGGAACUUGCCAUAUUUCUCACAACAGGCAUUGUUGUCUCGGCUUUUGGACUCCCUAUUGUAUUUGCCAGAGCACAGCUGAUUAAGUGGGGAGCUUGUGCACUUGUUCUCACAGGAAACUCAGUCAUCUUUGCAACUAUACUAGGCUUUUUCUUGGUCUUCGGAAGCAAUGAUGACUUCAGCUGGCAGCAAUGGUGAAAAGAAAGGAGGUUACUGAACUAUUGACACAUGGACUUCUUGUCCGCUGGCCGUCCAUGCACACAGGAGAUGGGGCAGUAAUGCCAAGUGGUGCAGCAAGCCUCUGGGGGGUAUUCUAGGUGCUCCCUUCUCACUUUUGUUGUACGCAUACUAUUUUCACAGAGACAUGCUGAAGGAUUAAAAGGAUUUUCUCUUUUGGAAAAGCUUGACUGAUUUCACACUUAUCUAUAGUAUGCUUUUUGUGGUGUCCUGCUGAAUCUAAAAUAUUUAUGUGUUUUUUUCUGUUCAAUUUUUUCUUAAUAUUCAGUAUUAAACAUUUUAAAAUGUAAUAACCAUUUGCAUUGGUUUAGGAAUUCAGAAUUCUGCUAGCUGUAUUACUGGGCUAAAAUACGUAUUUUCUCCUAAAAUUAGUUAACUUCCAUUAUUAUAAAGAUAAGUUUUCAAUCAGUCAGGAUGACGUCACUCCCAGUUUUAUGCAGACUUGCAGACUAAUGGCGUAUUAUAGAUUAUCUACUCAGUGCAAAUAUAGCUGCAUUUAUACCUCAGAGGGGCCAAGCAUUAAUGUCCAUACCCUCCAGAAGGGUUGCUGGUUUUACUAGUCAACAGGUGUCUUUUGACUUGAAAAUUAAUUUAUGGGAUUGCUACAAAAGAGUGCUUUUCUUCCCAAUUGUUAGAGUUUAUGUUGAACUUUAAGGUAAGGAUGUAAAAACAGUUUUUUGAGAAACAGUUUUUAUUUAUGUGUAUUACAGUGUAGAGUGAGUUGCAGCAUGGCAGAAAUAACGUUGAAAUUCCAUUGUUUGGAUGCUGUUUCUAUUUAUAAGUGAAAAAUUUGAUCUUCUACUGGCCUUUCAUGUUACCUUGGGGAAAAUGGACGUACAUGGAAGUACCAAUGAGGAAACUCAUCGAUGAGUUGUACGUUUGCGUCAUAUACACCAGAAAAAUCUUCCUCUGCUCCCCUUUUAACUUAUUUUAUACAUUGUAUAUAUUAAGUAAAAGAACUUAUCGAAUAUAGUUUAAUAAUACUUAGAGAUGUUUGACUCACCUGGAAAAUAAUUGCUAUGCCAUCCAUUAAGAGUGCCCCUCCCCAACAAGACAUUGACAGUAAUUAACAAGUGACCUGUUAGUCUGGCAGAUAAUUCAUGCUUUAACAACUUAAGAUUUAGAUCUGUUAAGAGUAAUUCUUAUUCUAAGGUUAUAUGUAAUUUUAAAAUAUUUAAGGCAAGUUUUCUGCAUACCUCUGAAUUGUUUGGGUUUGAUUUCAUCAUGAUAGAUUUGCUAUUUCCUUAUAAAAGGUAUUUAUCUAUGAAUUAAUGCAUAGCAGCCAAAUCCAGCUGCAUAGCAGCUUAGUGUACAGACCUGACCAAAACAGUUCCAGUGACCAGACAUGAUCAAAUUGCAGUGGUCAUUUACAUAUCAUGAUUAUUAGUACCUUUUUCAGGAACUGAUUGUGAAAAUGUCUGAGUUGAUCUGACAAUAUUUUGUUAAGGAUAUUUGUAUGUUUAUUCAGCAUACUUGCAUAAAAAUUACCUUGCUUUCGUUCAAAACUAAAAUCAUGACAUUCUUUUUUUGUUUUAUAAAGUUUAUUUCUUAAAAAAAAUAGCAAAUUUGAGAUUUGUUCAGCUUUUUAUUAAUGAUGCCUAAAGCUACAGUUUUUUGUUGUGGGUUUUUUUUUUGUUUUUUUUGUUUUUUUUUUGCCUGUUCCAGAUUUUGUUAUUUUGGGCUGUGAAAUGGGAAGCAGUAUGAAAUAUCCACAUGUAGUCAUUUAUACUUUAGGCUGAAAUGGCUUGCUGGGAAGGUACAAGUACACAUAAAUUUAGUUAGUUGGAGAUACAGUUGGAAUUCUGUACCUGUGAUCUACUGGAUUUUUUUUUUUUCCAGGAAGUGCAUUUUCUGGUCCUUCAUUUUCUGUUCCUCUUAAAUGUCAGUGCAGUACAUUGCUACAGUUUUACUUACUUGGCCAUAGACUUUCUAAUAGCUGCAUAUUCUUUCUGUAUACUAAUGUAUUGGCAGCAGUGUGACUUUGACCUUGCACACUAGCUUGGCAGUGCUAUCUCUAGUUUCUAGGCUAGUUACUUGACAUAUGAAUUUUCCAUAGAAUAUGCACUGACAACAUUGCCAUUCUUCUCUAGAAAGAAAGAAAAACUUUUGAUGAUGAAACAAUAAAGACUUUAAA